GCCCGCUAAUGGAGAUGAAACCAAUCGGUAUUUAAAAGGUCUUUUUUAGUUAAGGCAGUUAGUUAGCCUGCAAGCGACUUGCUGGGCUGCAGACCUUUUGUUUGUUUGCAUCAUUUAUUUCUCUCUUUGUUUUCCGACAAAACUGCUCACUGAGACUUCGAAGUGACGGACUCAUCAUCCUGGUGGAGGUCGUUGGCGUCUCAGGAUGACCCCCCGCGAGCAGCUGAGGAAGAUGACGGCGCUGGGCGAGCAGGGAGCGCUGGACGAGAAGCACUGGUACCGGCUGGUGAACAGCAUGUCAGCAAGCGCAGAGCUGAGGCAGAGGCAGGAGAUGAUCAUGAGGAACCAGAUGGCCAUGGCGCCGCAGAUCCUCGCCCAGGGCCAGCAGAGGUUACAGGGGGUUCCGGCUCAGUUUGAACCGCGAUUCAUGGAAAGGGAGUUGGUCCCGCCUGCUGAGAUAGUGGCCCCUGAUGCCAGGCAGAUGCACAUGGGACCUCACAUGGGCCCCCCUCAUGCUGCCAUGCUCCCAGGAAGAACCUUCUCAGGAGCAGCCGGCUAUGGCUUUCUGCCCUCGGAGCCCAUGGAGACGGUUGCCCGGCGACAGGAGCUCAUUCACAAGCAAAACAUGGCCAGAAUGGAGAUGAACGCCAUCCUGCACCAGAAAGAGCUGGAGAACGCCCACCAGAAGGGUUUGAUGGGCAUGGAGACGCCCAUGUCCUACCCGUCCAACCCGAUGGCCUUCAGAGCACGCCAGCGCAUGCCCGAGGGCCACGACGUCUUCGUCCACCGCCCCACCCUGGAUGACCUCCACUCCGGCAGCAUCCUGAUGGCGGCCAGCCCGUACCCGCCCAUCGGCACGCUGCACCGGGAGCGGGGGCGCCGGGUGGGCAGGAGGCCCGCGGCUCACAAAAGCGCCGACAACACCGCCGUUGGCAACACCAAGGGCCCCGCUGAGGACAAGAGUGUGGAGCAGAGCCCGGGGGCCGCGUCCGGCGGGGAGGACAAGGAGGUGGAGGUCAAAGGGGACGCCGGAGACGAGGGCGCCACCAGCAAGGUGCAUCAUCAUCAUCAUCAUCAUCAUCAGGCUAAAGUAGACUCUGACAUGGCUGAAGGCAGCAGGAAAAGCUACAAAGAAGGGGAGGCGGGGCUUCCUAAGACCUGCGUCGGCGCCACAGACCGAUGCCAGGAUGUGAGCGCCAGUGGAGGCAGCGACAAGGACAGCGGAACAUUCCAGGACAAGUUCAUGUACCCGUCGGCUGGCAUGCCUUACAUGUUUCCUGUCCUGCCACCACCCGGUCCGCCGGGUCUCUUUCUAAACGGCAACGUGGCGUCGGAGGACAUCAGGAAGUGGAGCGUUAACGACGUGUACAACUACAUCAACAGCAUCCCCACGUGCUCCGAAUACGCUCAGACGUUUAAGGAUCACAUGAUCGACGGCGAGACGCUGCCCCUCCUGUCGGAGGAACACCUGCUGGACACGCUGGGCCUCAAGCUGGGGCCCGCCCUCAAGAUACGCUCACAGGUGUCCCGGCGCAUGGGCGGCAUGCUGUACAUGAUCAACCUCCCGCUCCCCGCCGCCCCCCUGCAGACGGCCCCCGACAAGCCCGGCGACCACUCGUCCGAGAUGGGCUCCCCCGUCAACUGCAACAGCGAGGAGAUGAUGGCGAGUCCUUCAGGGGACGUCCUAAAAGCGAGCGAGCACCUUCACGAGACGGACAACAAUUCCCCUCUCUCUGCCAGCAUGGAGGCUGUGGCGCCUGGCGCCCAAUGAACAAUGUACAAACCCUGUUUCCAUAUGAGUUGGGAAAUGGUGUUAGAUGUAAAU